ACAGCUGUUUUUCGAGUAGACGGAAUAGGUAAAUAAACAACUGCUGCGGACGGAACCUUGAUGAGACGAUGCUCAGUUGAAUCGGCAAACAUGACCAGUGGCAAACCUUCCAAAUCUCAGUCAAUAGACAGUGGCACAACCGCCGAAAAUGGACAUCAGUUGUUCAGCGAGGCGGAAAGGAACGAGCAGUACCGGAAGGGUGUGAGACUGCUGCAGGAGCGAUGCAAAGCAAUUCAGAAAAAUAACGAGAGAAUAGUACACAGGUUACAUAUGGUAAAGAAGAUGAUCAAAAGACGGAGCCGGGAAGUCGAGAUAGUGAAGAAUCGACUUGAUCGGCAUAAUGACGGAUGGCGGACAGCUACGGUACCAUUGGCAGUCAAACUAGAGGAAAGUAAAGCUGAUGACUAGAAGAGUGUGAUGAAUGCUUAGUGCAUCGAAUAUAGAGUAUGGAUAUAGAAUAUUAGAAAUAACAUGUUAGUAUUUAGUGUGCUUAAUAAAUAUCCGCGCAACCUGAACAAUGUUA